CUCCCUCCCGUCUCCUCGCGACUUCGCCGAUCUCCAUUCCACUCCAGCGGCGCCGGCGUCGGCUUCCUCCGCAUCUGGGCACCACCCAUCUGGCAGCAAGAGGCGGUUUUUGGUUCGGCAUCCAUGCCCCCCGUUAGGUCCGCCCCCGGGAGGCGGGCGCCGGAAUUCCGGCGGUCGUCGCGGCGGCGGCUGCCCGGGUGGAUCUGGUGGCUCGUCGGGAUCUUCCUCGUCGUCGGCCUCAUGCUCUUCGUCCUGCACCACAAGCAGAGGGAGCAUUUCCGGCCGCCAGCGAUCGAUAAGGGUUCAGAAAUUGAGGUAGCCCAUCAUGAGAAAGUAAAUUUCACUGAAGAGCUUUUAAGCAGCACAUCAUUUGCACGCCAAUUGGCAGAUCAAAUGACUCUAGCAAAGGCUUAUGUCAUCCUUGCAAAAGAGCAUGGCAACCUUCAGCUUGCAUGGGAGCUUAGUUCCCAGAUAAGAAAUUGUCAAAGAUUGCUAUCUGAAGGGGCUGUUAGUGGGAGGGCCAUCAAUCAAGAAGAAGCCCAUCCAAUAAUAACUCAGCUUGCACGAUUGAUAUACAAAGCACAGGACUCUCAUUAUGAUAUCAGCACAACAAUUGUAACAUUGAAGAGCCAUGCCCUUGCACUUGAGGAACGUGCAAAGGCAGCAGUUGUUCAAACUGCUGAGUUUGGUCAGUUAGCUGCAGAAUCCGUCCCCAAGAAUUUGCACUGUUUGACUGUUAAGCUGACGGAAGAAUGGCUUCAAAACCCAAAACUUAGGAGUCGAUCAGAAGAACAUCGGAAUUCCACAAGAUUGGUGGACAAUAAUCUGUACCAUUUCGCCAUAUUCUCUGACAAUGUUCUGGCCACAUCAGUUGUUGUCAAUUCUACAGUUUCAAAUGCAAACCACCCUCAACAGCUUGUAUUUCAUGUGGUCACGGACAGGAUCCAUUUUGGGGCUAUGUCAACUUGGUUCCUCAUAAAUGAUUUCAAAGGGUGCACUGUUGAAGUCCGCUGCAUAGAUGAGUUCACAUGGUUGGAUAAAGCUGCUUCUCCUCUGGUUAGGCAGCUAUCUGAGAUGGAAACUCAGGGUUUCUAUUAUGGUGAUUCCAAAAAUCUUGAAAGAGAAAUAAAGUUCCACAAUCCCAAGUUCGUUUCUCUGUUAAACCAUUUGCGGUUCUACAUUCCUCAAAUACUGCCUAAUUUGGAGAAGGUGGUCUUUCUCGAUGAUGAUGUUGUGGUACAGAAGGACUUGACACAGCUUUUUUCAAUUGAGUUGCACGGUAACGUCAUUGGAGCAGUGGAGACUUGUUUAGAGUCAUUUCAUCGGUACCACAAGUAUCUUAAUUUCUCCCACCCAAUUAUCAGCUCCAAAAUUGAUCCAAAUACUUGUGGGUGGGCUUUUGGGAUGAACAUCUUUGACUUAAUAGCUUGGAGGAAGGCAAAUGCUACAGCCCUUUAUCAUUAUUGGCAAGAGCAAAAUGCUGAUCUAUUACUUUGGAGGACAGGGACACUUCCUGCAGGUCUUUUAACCUUCUAUGGCCUCAUGGAGCCCCUAGAUCGCAGAUGGCAUGUCUUGGGGCUAGGAUAUGAUGUCGACAUAGAUGAUCGUUUGAUUGACAGUGCUGCUGUUGUGCACUACAAUGGGAAUAUGAAACCCUGGCUGAAGUUAGCCAUUCGCCGGUACAAGUAUAUAUGGGAUCGGUAUGUCAAUUUCACACACCCAUAUGUUAGAGAGUGUUUGUUGCAUUAGAAAGCCUGCAAUCUCUGUUCACAGUGAAUCCUUCAUGCCAUUGAAGCUAGGCGCUUCAGUUUCUUACAUGGAAUUGCUUUUUAGCACCUUGUUUAAGAAAUCCUUCGGAGGUAGAUUAUAUACUCAAGAGACAGCAUCAAAGAAGUCAACUGUUAAAAUUCCUUUUUGGGUUGGGGAAGAUUCAUUUUGGGAUGAAAAUAAUUCCUUUGCAGAUUUUACAUACAAUUUGGACUGGAAAUUUUAGCAGUCUAACCAGAUUAUCUGGAUAGAUAUUGUAAAAGAGAUAUAGUUGUUGGAUAAGUGGGUCAAUUUUUGAGAUUUAGGAAAUGCCAAUUGCCGAUUCAGCUGUUCAGAGUUGCUGGUGUUACAUUCUUUCCAGAACAUUGUGUUUUAUACUGGUGAAGAAGCUUCUCCUUUUCUCUUUGUAUAGACAGCUCUGUAUUCUUCAUACAGUAUGAACUCAGCUCAUUUGUUAAAGGAAAUCAAAAUCAUUUUGAUGUGCUGAAAUUGUGUUGCUUAUAAGUUAUAAUGCUUUUAACUUUAUA